AGUUAUCAAGGUUUCAAAGACGUGCACUGGGCCUGGGGGGAUUACACAGUGGAGUGGGCGAGAAAGCAUAAAAACCACACAGUUUCGCAGGGUUGUGUGUCAGCCUGGCUGAUGAGCGUUUGCUUGUUUGUUUGUUUUUGAAUUGCUCCUACAAUAUCGUGAAACCAAGGUUACAGAGACAAGACAAUGUCAGUGUAUGACAGAUUUGACUUUGAGAAAUCGGAAAGGGCGAUGGAUGCCCUGUUCGUGCAAUCACAGCAGCUGCCGUCAGUGCCCGUGUCGAGUUUAAGAGGAAUUGAAGUGCCACAGGUGCUCGAGCCAGCUGAUGACGAACCACACAGCAGUGGGCCACAGCCUGUUAACCUUGACAAGCUGAUGAAGGUUACCAAGGUGCUCAAUGACGGAACACCGAGUAAAAAGGUCAACUAUGCCUCUUUUGCAGAGGAGAACUUUGACAGGAAUAUCAGCACCACGAAGAGAAAGAGCCCAGAAUCGUCCACUUCAAAAGAAUUGUACAACGAGGUUCAACGUAAUUCGCUGAACUUUGGAGUUGACCUUGAGGAGAUGAUGACUUUCCACAAGAGAACACAGGUAUGUAAAUCCAACAGAGCCUCGCUACGCCAAGGAUCACCAACGAGACCAAGGUUUCUUCCCUCCCCACCAGCGUCCCCAUCUUUUGCCUACGAGUUCAACAACAGUGUCAUGGAUCAAUCAGACGAUACCCCUAACUCUGAGACUGUCUCAUCGAGCACCAGCGCACUGAUGGAUCCAUUUCAACCGGAAGUUGCAAUGCCUUCUCCAGAGGCGAUUUGUUCAUCACCAACGGGCCCCAUACAUCAAAAUACCAUCGAAAUGUCAAAGGUCCGCAAUCCACCGUUUAUGAACAAAGUUGAGUAUAUAAGCAUCGAGGGGACACCACGGGAGUCGCCAAAGACACCGCAAAGAACGAUAUCCUUUGGCUCCAUUUUCAAGUCUCUAAGCUCUUCAACAACUCCCACUCCAAAGAGAUCCCCUUCACGCAAGGAGUGCCACAGCGUGGAGGAGACUUUGGAGGCUGACCGUGAGUUCCAGGACUAUUCAAUCCCCAUGGGCCGUUCCUCCUACUAUGAACAGAAACUCGAGCUUGGAGGUGUAAUUGACUCUCCAAUGUCAAACCAUUCAUCUGCAGCUUCUGGGCUGAUGCUCUCCAGAGGCGCAGUCUCAUCACACUCCUCGCUGAAGCCGACAUCAAGCGGUUCAAGCCAUAACACACCUCCAAUGGUUAGACACGCAAGUACAGGUGCAGGCACUGGUACAAGUACAGGCACAAGCCACUACACAGUGCGCACGUCAAGUCCCUCGGUAGCUCCGUAUCUUCGCUCACCACUGGCAAACAAUCUACGAUACCAAACGAGUGCCAAUCUUCCAUCAAGUGAACAGAGGCAUACUGGCUCACCGUCACUGGGACUAUCAUCUGGGCGUGGUGAGACUGUCGCUGACUAUCGCGAUGAUACCCUUUAUACCAUGCUAUAACGCUAUAUAUAUAUAUAUAUAUUCUGGCAAUUAUAUAAGCUCUAAGCUCUUUCAAAGAGACAAUCAAACC